UCGACGGCUUCUUGAGGUGGAGUUCAUACGAAGAUAAAACUGCUUAACGUUGAGUUAUGUUGUCAAAAUAUCACCAUGUUUACGUUAUUUAAUCCGAACAGUAGAGUGAAAUGUACAAACUGCCGAGAAACUUACAAAGCAAUCAAACGGAAAACGAUACAGGGAAACUCCCACGCACUAAUCCAAAGGAAACGCAAGUUUAAGAAAAUAACACGAAGGACAAAAAUAUAAUUACACAGACGACCCCUUCACAAGCGUCUCACGAAAAAUGAGCGGGCGAAGCAAGACAACGGAGGCCGACAGAGACGUGACAAGAUGUGUAGCUCCUGAUGUUGCGAUGGCCAUCAGAUGGGACAGCAAGGUGCCCACUGCCCUCCUGCCCAAGACAUUCCUUAAUAUCCUCCCUAUCAUCUUCCUCCUCUGCCCUCAAUCCACAUGCGCCCAGGUUCAAGGAUCGCGUCUGCGCCAGGAGGACUCCCCUCCCCGCAUUGUGGAGCACCCCUCCGACCUGAUCGUGUCCAAGGGCGAGCCGGCCACCCUAAACUGCAAGGCGGAGGGCCGGCCCACGCCCACGGUGGAGUGGUACAAGGACAGCGAGCGCGUGGAGACGGACAAGGAUGACCCGCGUUCCCACCGCAUGCUGCUGCCCAGCGGAUCGCUCUUCUUCCUGCGCAUCGUCCACGGCCGCCGUAGCAAGCCGGACGAGGGCAGCUACAUCUGCGUGGCCCGUAACUACCUGGGCGAGGCUGUCAGCCGGAACGCCUCCCUCGAAGUGGCAUUGCUACGAGAUGAUUUCCGGCAGAAUCCCACUGAUGUGGUGGUGGGGGCCGGCGAGCCUGCCAUCUUGGAGUGCCAGCCCCCCAGGGGGCACCCCGAACCCACCAUCUACUGGAAGAAGGACAAGGUGCGGAUUGAUGACAGAGACGACAGGAUAACGAUCCGGGGAGGGAAGCUCAUGAUCUCCAACACGAGGAAGAGCGAUGCCGGCAUGUACAUCUGCGUGGGCACCAACAUGGUGGGCGAGAGGGACAGCGAGACGGCCCAACUCACUGUUUUUGAGCGACCCACUUUCCUGCGGCGGCCCAUCAACCAGGUGGUUCUGGAAGACGAGGUUGUGGAGUUCCGGUGUCAGGCGCAGGGUGACCCACAGCCAACUGUGCGCUGGAGGAAGGACGACAUGGACGUGCCCCGCGGCAGGUAUGAGAUCAAGUACGACAAAGAUGACUAUCUGCUGCGGAUCAAGAAGGCGUCAGGCAGCGAUGAGGGCAGUUUCACCUGUGUGGCAGAGAACCGUGUGGGAAAGGUGGAGGCCAUUGCCACCCUGACUGUCAGAGCGCCUCCCCAGUUCGUUAUUCGCCCGCGGGACCAGAUCGUGGCACAGGGGCGGACGGCCACGUUCCCCUGCGAGACCAGGGGGAACCCGCAGCCCGCGGUGUUCUGGCAGAAAGAAGGCAGCCAGAACCUGCUGUUCCCCAACCAGCCCCAGCACCCUAACAGCCGCUUCUCCGUGUCUCCUGGCGGGGACCUCACCAUCUCCGGCGUGCAGCGCGCCGAUGCCGGCUACUACAUCUGCCAGGCCCUAACGGUGGCGGGAAGCGUUCUGGCUAAGGCCCAGCUGGAGGUCACUGACGUGCUGACUGACAGGCCGCCCCCCAUCAUCCGGCAGGGCCCGGCCAAUCAGACGCUGGGCGUGGACGGCGUGGCUCUGCUGAAGUGCCAGGCGGCCGGGGACCCGAUCCCCACCAUCAGCUGGCUGAAGGACGGCCUGAGCCUGCUGGGGAAAGAGCCACGCAUGUCGCUGCAGGAGUUGGGCAGCCUGCAGAUCCGGGGGCUGCGGAUGUCUGACUCUGGGAUCUACACCUGUGUGGCCGCCAGCUCCAGUGGGGAGACCUCCUGGAGCGCCUUCCUGGAAGUCAGAGAGUCAGGUGGGCUCACCAUCGCCAAGAGCCGUGACGAGAACGAGCUGCCCGGCCCGCCGUCCAAGCCGCAGGUGACCGACGUCACCAAAAACAGCGUCUCGCUGUCCUGGCAGCCAGGCCCUGGGGGGGCAUCGGCCAUCUCCUCCUUCGUCAUCGAGGCUUUCAGUCAAUCGGUCAGCAACAGCUGGCAGACGGUGGCCGACCAUGUGAAGAGCACGCAGUUCACGGUGAAAGGUCUCCGACCCAACACCAUCUACCUGUUCAUGGUGCGGGCCGUCAACAGUCAGGGUCUGAGCGACCCCAGCCCCAUAUCGGAGCCCGUCCGCACACAAGAUAUCAGCCCUCCGGCACAAGGCGUGGACCACAGGCACGUGCAGAAGGAGCUGGGCGAAGUCAUCGUACGGUUGCACAACCCCAUGGUGCUCAGUCCCACAACCAUCCAGGUCACAUGGACGGUGGACCGCCAGUCCCAGUUUAUCCAGGGCUACAGGGUGCUCUACCGGCAGAUGUCUGGCGUAUCUGUGCCUGGCAUCUGGCAGAGUCAGGACGUGAAGGUGCCAUCGGAGCGCAGUGUGGUGCUCUCAUCCCUCAAGAAGGGCAUCAUGUACGAGAUCAAGGUGCGGCCCUUUUUCAACGAGUUCCAGGGCACGGACAGCGAGUCUAGGAGCGGCCGCACCUCCGAAGAAGCUCCCAGCGCCCCCCCCCAGCAGGUGACCGUGCUGACCGUGGGGAACCAGAACAGCACUUCUAUUAGCAUCUCCUGGGAUCCCCCGCCCGUGGACCACCAGAACGGCAUCAUCCAAGAGUACAAGAUUUGGUGCCUGGGUAAUGAGACCCGUUUCCACGUGAACAAGACGGUGGACGCCGCCAUCCGCUCUGUGGUGGUGGCGGGGCUGCAGGCUGGGGUGCUGUACCGGGUGGAGGUGGCAGCCAGCACCAGCGCCGGGGUUGGGGUCAAGAGCGAGCCCCAGCCAAUCAUCAUAGGCAAGGAUUUCAGGGACGUGGUCAUGAGCGGGAACCGGAACAACAGCAUCACCGAGCAGAUCACGGACGUGGUGAAGCAGCCGGCCUUCAUCGCCGGCAUUGGCGGGGCCUGCUGGGUCAUCCUCAUGGGCUUCAGCAUCUGGCUCUACUGGAGGAGAAAGAAGAGGAAAGGCCUGAGCAACUAUGCAGUUCAGUCCUUCACCUUCACCCCUGCAGUGACGUUCCAGCGUGUGGACGGUGGCUUGAUGAGCAACGGAAGCCGGCCCGGCCUCCUGAAUGCCAGCGACCCGGCGUAUCCUUGGCUCGCAGAUUCCUGGCCCGCUACCAGUCUGCCCGUCAACAAUGGCUCCGGGGGCCCCAAUGACAUGGGCAACUUUGGCCGAGGAGACGUGCUGCCUGCCGGGCAGGGUGAGAAGACGGGCACUAUGAUGUCGGAUGGCGCCAUCUACAGCAGCAUAGACUUCACCACCAAGGCCAGCUACCUUAGCCCCAGCCAGGGCUCCCAGGCCACGCCCUACGCCACCACACAGAUCCUGCACUCCUCCAGCAUCCACGAGCUGUCGGUGGAGCUGCCGGACAGCCAGUGGAAGGCCUCUCUGCAGGCCAAGCAGGAGAUGACCAACCUGGGCUACUCACUGCCUGACAAGAACUCCGGCAACAACACGCUUCUUUUCAUUCCUGACUACCGAUUGGCUGAAGGAUUGUCUAAUAGAAUGCCACACAACCAAUCACAAGAUUUCAGCACCACCAGCUCUCACAACAGCUCGGAGCGGAGUGGCAGCCUAUCAGGUGGGAAAGGUGGGAAAAAGAAGAAGACAAAGAGCAGCACCAAGGCCUCCAAGGCCAAUGGGUCGAGCUGGGCCAAUGUACCCCUGCCUCCACCUCCCGUGCACCCACUCCCUGCCACUGAAGUGGACAGCUACCCCAAUGAUCCCCAUGAGGGUGGAGGGUAUGAGAGCGAUGGCUGGGGUCCACAGGUGCCCGUUCAAACCUACCUGCAUCAAGGCCUCGAGGAUGAGUUGGAGGAGGAGGAGCGUGUGCCGACUCCUCCCAUCAGGGGCGUGGCCUCUUCCCCCGCUGCGGUGUCUUUCGGGCAGCAGUCCACUGCAACCCUCACGCCGUCCCCCCGCGAAGAGAUGCAGCCUAUGCUGCAGGCACACCUGGAUGAGCUGACGCGGGCCUACCAGCUAGACAUGUCCAAACAGACCUGGCACAUGCAAGGGGGUCCUCACCCACCCCAGCCCCCCAUCCCCCCGGUCGGCUACGUGUCCAGCAGCUUGGUGUCCGAUUUGGAAACUGAUAUACCAGAUGAUGAUGAUGAGGAUGACGAUGAGGAGGAAGAUGAUGAAGGCUAUGAGAUCUCACGACCACUGCAUGGCAUGGAGCAUACACCUGGAUCCAGCAUGGAUAAUCUGGACAGCUCUGUGACGGGCUCCAUGGUGAAUGGCUGGGGCUCAGCCUCUGAGGACGAGCGUAACUUCUCCAGCCACAGGUCCAGCGCUGGCAGCUCCUCCGACGGCUCCAUCUUCACCCACGCCAGCUUCGCCCAGGCGCUGGUAGCAGCCGCCGACAAGGCAGGCUAUCGCUGUGACGGCACCAGUCUGACCAAGAGAGGGAAAAACUUUUCCCAACGGCCACGCCCCAGUAGUCCCUUCUCCACUGACGGCAGUGUGGUGGGGACGCAAAGCCUGGGCCAUCAGAGGGUGCCCCGCCCGGGUCGGAAACAGAGAGGUGGCCGGCUGGAGCAGCGCCGAGACGCCGGAGCAGACGACCUACCUCCUCCCCCUGAGCCCCCGCCCUGCCAUGGGGCCCGCAUGGCGGUCCCGCGUGGCCCCCCUGGUGAGCGCAAGGCCGCCUCCCUGGAGAGACAGCACAUCUCUAACCUGGAGGAGACGAAGAGCUCGCUGGAGCGGCAGAGGCAGGCCCAGGAGCGGCUGGGCCCGGGAGAGCGCGGGGACGAGGGCCGCCGGGCCUACAAGGCAGGCCAUGGCUCAGAAGAGGCCCUGCUCCCAUACAGUAAGCCCAGCUUCCCGUCCCCUGGGGGCCAUAGCACCUCUGGCACCUCGUCCUCCAAGGGAUCCACGGGGCCCCGCAAGGGGGAGGCCAGCAGAGGUGCCCACCAGCGGGCCGCCAUAGACCACCCUGACCUGAGCUACCUGGGCACCAACGGUCAGGGACAGCACUCCGGAGAGCUGUCGUGAGUGACUGACAGAUGACCGCGGCUCACCGAUCCUCAACCCUGCAAUGCCUCACCUCCUGGUGCAAUGGACUUUUCUCCGUAUUUGUGUACUGUCAGAAAGAAACAAAACAAAUUCAAAGAUAAGCCAAACUGCAAAUGUGAUGUAAAGAAACACACCUUCUCACAAUGCUGAUCUUGUGUUUGAUUUCUGUCCUAACGGGACGGUCUCACCCUCCUCCCAGCUCAGCCAGUUCCUGCUGAGAAACAGUAUCAAAUUAUUCUGUAAGUAAGCAGAUUUCACAAAGAACACAUAAAAACGCCCACUGAGUAAUAGUCCUUGGGGGGGGAAAAGGGGAGUUUUUGUUCCUGUAAAUAUAUUUUUUGUUUUUGCAUUGCUAUGCAAGUCUAAUUCUGUUUCUGCUUCUUCAUAUAUCAUUUUUUAGGUCAUUUGUACUAUAUGUGAAUCCAUCGGCUAAGGUGCCAUAAAAGAAUUGUUUUAUUAUUCAUGUUUGUUAAUAAUUAUCAUUAAUUGUUUAAUUAAUAUUAUUAAUUCUUAUUGUUUUUUUGCACUGCAAUCUUUUGGUGAAAAGCACAAAAAACAUAACUCCUGCUGACAUGAAGAACCGGAAGGAUACGUGAAGAGGAGUUUCUGUACUGUAAACUAGAAAAUAAGAAAUAUAUACAGAUGUAUAGAGAGAUAUUAACUACGUGGAGGUCUGAGGUGAUCACUAACCCAACGCCCACUCUCACCCAACGCGCACUCUCGCCCCACGCCCACUCUCGCCCCACAGCCAUUCUCGCCCAACGCGCACUCUCGCCCCACGCCCACUCUCACCCGACGCCCACUCUCGCCCAACGCCCACUCUCGCCCAACGCCCACUCUCGCCCCACGCCCACUCUCACCCGACGCCCACUCUCGCCCAACGCCCACUCUCGCCCCACGCCCACUCUCACCCGAUGCCCACUCUCGCCCGACGCCCACUCUUGCCCCACGCCCACUCUCGCCCCAUGCCCACUCUCGCCCGACGCCCACUCUCGCCCAACGCCCACUCUCGCCCCACGCCCACUCUCGCCCGACGCCCACUCUCGCCCGACGCCCACUCUCGCCCCACGCCCAUUCUCGCCCCACGCCCACUCUCGCCCGACGCCCACUCUCGCCUGACGCCCACUCUCGCCCCACGCAUACUCUCGCCCCACGCUUACUCUCAGCCCACACCCACUCUCACCCCACGCCCACUCUCGCCCCACGCCCACUCUCACCCGACGCCCACUCUCGCCCAACGCCCACUCUCGCCCCAUGCCCACUCUCGCCCGACGCCCACUCUCACCCGACGCCCACUCUCGCCCCACGCCCAUUCUCGCCCCACGCCCACUCUCGCCCGACGCCCACUCUCGCCCCACGCCUACUCUCAGCCCACACCCACUCUCGCCCCACGCCCACUCUCGCCCCACGCCCAUUCUUGCCCCACGCCCACUCUCGUCUGACGCCCACUCUCACCCCACACCCACUCUCGCCCCACGCCCACUCUCGCACGGGCAAUAAUAAGGCGUUAAGCUACUAUUCCCUCCUCUAGUUGCUCGCUUAGACAAGCGAUUCAUUUUUGACAGUAUUUUGGGGGUGGCGUCUUUCCUUAACUAUCACUCUUUGUGGUCUUUUAGGUACUCGGUUGGGGGGGCGGUAUGCCUGUAAGAAACCUACUGCUACUGAGAAUAAAGUGACGAUAGAUCAUUGGAAGAUAGUGUGUGGAAAUGCAGGGCGAGUUUUAUCACAUGGGUCCAAUAAACCCAGACAUCUGCGAGGAGCCCCAGAGGGAAAAUGCUCCAUCUCAGUAGGUCUGAAGGCCAGGAACACAAAGCACUGACUGCUUCUCCAUUUCAUCACGCAACAUCAGCAUGUCAAACCUCUGUCUACCAUUCUGCCAUUUUCACCCAGCAUCACAAGGGCUUCUCUCUGCAGCUGGAUGAGCAGGAGCACAGCCUGUGAGCGGAAAGGCUGCAGUUUGCAGCUGAGGCGGGUCUGUCCCCCUCACCGCAACACUAGGUCCUCAUGUUGGGGUUCCAGGUUCUUUCAGUGAUGUAAUUAUUAUUUGUUUUCAAGCUGUACCCUGACUAAUUCCACCUCAGGGGACGUAAGCACUUAAAGUGUGAUUCCUUUUGAAGUUACAUCAAAAAUAAACCUUAGUUGUAACCCA